AUGAAGUUUCCUCAAAAAAGCAUUUGGUCAUCGGAUAUAUCAUCGAAAAUGGAUUAUCAUCAAUCGUCGAGCGUACAACGGGAAAAUAGUACUGAUAAUAACCAGUGGAACAAUAAUCUAACGACAAAUGAAAACAGAUUGGUUAACAAUAUUUGUACAGCCAAAUCGACAUGUAUAAAAUAUUUCAUCGUUGGUUCAUUAUUUGGCGGUAUAGUAUUAGCUAUCAUAAUUACACUUUGGCUAACAUCAUCUCCAAAUACUACAGUAUCGACAACAAUAACAACAACUUCAUCAACUUCAUCAACUUCAUCAACUUCAUCAACUUCAUCAACCAGUGCAACAACACCACUGCCUCCAUGCUCCCCUAGUUAUGUUGGUUCUGCAAGUACUCUUUUGACUAUCCCAACUUCCAAUAAGACUACGUACGGCUGCUAUGCAUAUGAAUGGACACCACCUACUACAGGCCCAGUUAAUUUCACAUUUGAACUGCGCAAUGAUCCAGGUCAGUGGUAUCUUGAUGAUACCUCUAUCUAUCAAGGAGGCACACAAAUGCUAUCAAAUAUAGGUUUCGAAACUGGUACUCUUUCACCUUGGGUACGAACAGGACCAAAUGGAAAUUGUGGAGGUUUCCGAGCGGGAAUAUAUAGUUCUUCAUGUCGUAGUGGCAAUUAUUGUGCUACUGAUGGAAGUAAUGGAUGUGCCGAUCAACUUAGCCAACAGUUUACGGCUACGGCUGGACAAGUGUAUGUUGUGAGUUUCUGGUUAAAAUCAGAUUCAAUUGGCUCUGUGAUAACUGCAGUGGUUACUCUUUUGUAA